AUGUUUCGCAUACCGAUAACACGUGCGUUCCGCGCAUCCGCUCCGCACCCUUCGACUCGAUCAUUCCCCAGUACUCGCAUUCAAUCACCUCAAUCCUCCUUACACUCCUUAGUUUCACGAUCGUUCUCGAUAUCUGCUUCCCUACCCCGAGGCGCGGGCCCGUCGGCAACCCCUCUUCGCACCCUCCCACCAUCAUCCCGUUAUGUUCCCCGCCGACCGUUCUCCGGGUCCAGCCAUCGCGAUAACAAUUAUAGAUAUAGACGGUUUGACGGACCGAGACGCGAGCCCAGAGUGCUGCGCAUGUUGAGAGAUGCAAAGCCACAACAUUUCGUAAUUGUCGGGGGGUUGAUCGGCGGGUUCUAUGUUUAUAAUACCGAAACCGUCGAGAUGACCGGCCGACGACGAUUCAACUGCGUCUCACCUCGCCAGGAGCUCAAAAUGGGCGAACAGAGCUACCAUGAGGUGCUGGAACAGGCUCGCGGACAAAUUCUUCCCGAACAUCAUCCGCUUACGAUGAUGGUGAAUCGUGUGCUCCAUCGUCUGAUCCCUCAGGCACCCAUAGAGGGUGCGGAUUGGAAGGUUCAUGUGAUCAAGGACGAUAAUAUGAUGAAUGCCUUCGUUCUUCCCGGGGGCAAAGUGUUUGUAUACACGGGUAUUUUACCAAUUUGCCAGGAUGAGGAUGGGCUAGCCGCUGUCUUGGGCCAUGAGAUUGCUCAUGUGGUAGCUCACCAUCCCGCAGAACGGAUGAGCAACAGCUUCGUCACUUUGGGGGUGAUUUUCCUCGUGUCGUUCCUGUUCGAUAUCUCAGGACAGAUCCCGUCUCUGGUUUUGAACCUUAUGUAUAGCUUGCCGAACUCUCGAACUCAGGAGGCCGAGGCAGAUAAUAUCGGAUUGAUGAUGAUGUCCAAAGCCUGUUUUAACCCUGAAGCCGCCGUCGGACUCUGGGCUCGUAUGCAAAAGGCAGAGAAGGAAACGCCCCCUCAGUUCAUGUCAACUCACCCCUCGAGCUACAAUCGCAUGGAAGCGAUCCGAGGAUGGCUGGACAGGGCUGAGGCAGCGUACGAAGAGAGUGGAUGUUACACCACUGGAAGCUACUUACCAGGAUUCCGACAAGCACGUAACGACUUUGUCUGGUGA